CCCGGCGGAUCCCGGACUCCCGCCCGCCGCUCCGCCCGCCGCGCACCUCCGCUCGCCGCUCGCCCGGCUCCAGCCGCCGCCGCACGGAGCGGCGGCAUGGAGGCUCUCACCACUCAGCUGGGGCCGGGGCGCGAGGGCAACUCCUCGCCCAACUCGAAGCAGGAGCUGCAGCCCUACUCGGGCUCCAGCGCUCUCAAACCCAACCAGGUGGGCGAGACGUCGCUGUAUGGGGUGCCUAUCGUGUCUCUGGUCAUCGACGGCCAGGAGCGCCUGUGCCUGGCUCAGAUCUCCAACACCCUCCUUAAGAACUACAGCUACAACGAGAUCCACAACCGCCGCGUGGCCCUCGGCAUCACGUGCGUGCAGUGCACGCCGGUGCAGCUGGAGAUUCUGCGUCGGGCCGGGGCCAUGCCCAUCUCAUCGCGCCGCUGCGGCAUGAUCACGAAGCGCGAGGCUGAACGCCUGUGCAAGUCGUUCCUGGGCGAGCACAAGCCACCCAAGCUGCCUGAGAACUUCGCCUUCGAUGUGGUGCACGAGUGCGCGUGGGGCUCGCGUGGCAGCUUCAUCCCUGCGCGUUACAACAGCUCGCGUGCCAAGUGCAUCAAGUGCGGGUACUGCAGCAUGUACUUCUCGCCUAACAAGUUCAUCUUCCACUCGCACCGCACACCCGACGCCAAGUAUACGCAGCCUGACGCCGCCAACUUCAACUCGUGGCGCCGUCACCUCAAACUCAGUGACAAGUCGGCCACGGACGAACUGAGCCACGCUUGGGAGGACGUCAAGGCCAUGUUCAAUGGUGGCACACGCAAACGGACCUUCUCGCUGCAAGGAGGAGGCGGCGGCGGCGCUAAUGGCGGGUCGGGUGGGCAGGGGAAAGGUGGUGCUGGCGGCGGGGGCGGGGGCGGCCCGGGUUGCAGCGCGGAGAUGGCUCCAGGCCCACCGCCCCACAAAAGCCUGCGCUGUGGCGAAGAUGAGGCCACCGGGCCUCCUGGGCCGCCUCCUCCCCACCCGCAGCGGGGACUUGGUCUGGCAGCGGGAGCCGGUGGCCCCGCGGGCCCUGGAGGGCCUGGUGGCGGCGCCGGCGUUCGCAGCUACCCGGUGAUUCCAGUACCCAGCAAGGGCUUUGGCCUUCUGCAGAAGCUGCCCCCGCCGCUUUUCCCUCAUCCCUACGGCUUCCCCACGGCCUUCGGCCUCUGCCCCAAAAAGGACGACCCCGUACUAGGUGCGGGCGAACCCAAGGGCGGCCCAGGCACCGGGACCGGCGGGGGCGCGGGCACUGGCGGAGGCGCGGGCGGCCCAGGAGCCGGCCACUUGCCCCCGGGGGCCGGGGCUGGCCCAGGCGGCGGCGCCAUGUUCUGGGGUCACCAGCCCUCCGGGGCAGCCAAGGACGCAGCGGCCGUGGCUGCAGCGGCCGCCGCAGCCACCGUGUACCCGACGUUUCCCAUGUUCUGGCCGGCGGCAGGCAGCCUCCCGGUGCCGCCCUAUCCAGCUGCGCAGAGCCAAGCCAAGGCCGUGGCGGCCGCUGUAGCGGCUGCAGCGGCGGCGGCGGCGGCAGCUGCAGGUGGCGGCGGCCCCGAACCCCUGGACGGUGCCGAGCCGACCAAGGAGGGCGGCCUGGGCGCAGAGGAGCGCUGCCCGAGCGCCCUGUCCCGCGGGCCGCUGGACGAGGACGGCGCGGACGAGGCGCUGCCGCCGCCGCUGGCCCCACUGCCCCCGCCUCCGCCGCCGCCGCCGCCCGCGCGCAAAGGCUCCUACGUGUCGGCCUUCCGGCCCGUGGUCAAGGACGCUGAGAGCAUUGCCAAGCUCUACGGUAGCGCACGCGACGCCUACGGCGCGGGGCCGGCUCGUGGGCCGGGGCCCGGCGCGGGGUCCGGCGGCGGCUACGUAAGCCCGGACUUUCUGAGCGAGGGCAGCUCCAGUUACCACUCCGCCUCGCCCGACGUGGACACUGCCGACGAGCCGGAGGUGGACGUGGAGUCCAACCGCUUCCCCGACGACGAGGGCGCCCCGGACGAGACCGAGCCCAGUGUUCCCCGCGCGCCCAGCACGGGAGGCGGCCCGGAUGGCGACCAGCCCGCAGGGCCCCAGUCUAGCACCUCCUCGGGUGCAGACGGUCCCACAGACUCUCCCGACUGCGGUAGCCCUCGGCCCCGGCGCCGUCCGGGGAUACCCGCAGCCAGCCGGUCCGUAUUUGGGGACCUGGCGGCCGACGACGUGGUGCGGAGACCUGAGAGGAGCCCGCCCAGCAGUGGCUAUGAGCUGCGAGAGCCUUGCGGGCCGCUGGGGGGCCCCGCGCCGGCCAAGGUGUACGCGCCCGAGCGGGACGAGCACGUGAAGAGCGCGGCGGCGGCGCUGGCGCCCGCAGCCUCGUACCUCUGCACCCCGGAGGCCCACGAGCCAGAUAAGGAAGACAAUCACUCGACCGCCGACGAUUUGGAAACGAGGAAAUCCUAUCCAGACCAAAGGAGCAUCUCCCAGCCAAGUCCCGCAACCACAGACCGAGGCGAAGAUGGGCUCACGCUGGAUGUCACGGGAACUCAGCUAGUGGAGAAAGACAUCGAGAACCUGGCCAGAGACGAAUUGCAAAAACUGCUCCUGGAGCAAAUGGAACUCCGCAAGAAGCUGGAGCGAGAAUUUCAGAGUCUCAAAGAUAAUUUUCAGGAUCAAAUGAAGAGGGAAUUGGCUUAUCGAGAAGAAAUGGUGCAACAGCUGCAAAUUGUCAGAGACACUCUGUGUAACGAACUCGACCAGGAGCGGAAGGCGCGCUACGCCAUCCAGCAGAAAUUAAAAGAAGCCCACGACGCCCUGCACCACUUCUCCUGCAAGAUGCUGACGCCCCGCCACUGCACUGGCAACUGCUCCUUCAAGCCCCCGCUAUUGCCCUAGGGCCGGCCCGGGCCGCCCCACGCGCCCUCAAGCCAUGCUGCUCUCUUCUUGUAAAUACCCGCGGCCGCGGCGGCCGAGAGCGAGGAACAAGCCAUUCAGACCGGACCGAUGUAAAUACAGCCUCCCGCCCGCCUGCCCUCCUCCGGGGCGCCUCGGCCUCGCCCGCCCCCGCCCGGGCACCCGGUCCAGGGGCCCGUCUCUGUUUCCAAGUGUAAAUAUCACCUCGCCCCACGGUUGAACUCCAGGGCAUCGGACCUCAUGGGGUUAACUGGACCGAAGGGGGUAAGAAAGGGGAGGGGGGCCCCUCCCCACACCUGUACAGCCUCGGACCCCCAAUUGUGAUUACAAUGUAGCAACUUCUCCGGCGCUGGUCCUGCGCUCCCCCGUCCCGUCCACUUCUGAAACUUGUUCCUGAUGACAAAGUGGCUAUGUGCAAUGGAUAUAAAUGUACUGUGAGUCUCUUGGUUCAGUAUCGGGUUCACUUUAAUUUAUUCAUGCUUUAAGUUAUUUUGCUUCCUUCUCCUGGACGUACUUCCAGUCCCGUUUGACAUUCCCCUUUGGGUUUUGCUUUGUCUAUUUUUUGUUGUAACCUCUUGUUGUAACAGCACUUUAAAAAGGGCGACAACUGACUCACGAAAUAGAGACCACCUUGAGCCUGUUUGGAGAGACCACCCCUGUAUCCGUGACUUUUGUUUUGUUUUUAAUAAAAAAAAAACCAAUCUGUCACUUCCUGGGGCUGUGGAGAUGGGAGUUGGGGGGGCCGGAAGUGGGGCAGAGGCUGGCUGAGGGCUGCGCAACAGGUGGAGCGUGGGGGCCGCAGCUCCGGUUCUGGGGUGCCCUGGCUGAGAAUCGCGUCCCCUCAGGUGGGCAGCAGGGAGCGCCAGACAUCUCCACCAAUCCUUCAGACACACCCAGCGUGCCCCCCAGGCCACCCCGUCCCUGCGUUUAAGACCCUUCCUUGGGCUUUGGCGCGACGACCGCCUGGUUCCUGGUGCCGAGGUCUUUGGUUCUCGAGCGCUCUCAGGGGCCGAGAGUUUAUUCGUGCCCAUUUCCACGCCUGCCCCACCGGGAAGUCACCUCCGGGGCGCUCAGAGACCGGACGCUGUUUCCUGGUAGUUUGCACGGCGCCCUGCCCCCACGCCCAGGUUCACCCGGAAUCGCCAGAAGGAGCGGGCACCGCCGGCCUGGCUCUGGAGCGCUGGAACGGGGGGGCGAGGUUCGCAGGGUGGGCGAUUCUUUCCCGGGCAGGCCUGGAAACGAAGGGCGAGACUCGACGCUCGGGCGCAGCUGCCCUGCCGCCGCCGGAACGGAGCGAGCCCUGACGGAUUCUAACCUUCCGUCCAUUUUAGUCCCAGCGAGUUUGCGGACAGGAGCCCGAGGAGCAAGGCGAGGCCCGCCGGCUGCAGGUGUCCGGGUCGCCGGGCUCGCCAGGGCCCCCGUGGGAGGGAAUGGGGGGAAUGCCCGGGCUGCGGAUGCUGAGGCCUCAUCUUGCCGCUGUCCUCCGGUAGGCCUCAGUUUCCACAGAUCACUUGCUGGUUCGGCUACAGAUAAGGGAGGGAACGUGGGGCGAGGGGGAGGAAAGUGCGGGUGGAGUGGGAAAGGGCACAGUGUUGGGCGUCAUUCAGCCCCGGCUUCCAGUUUCGCCUCCUCGGCUGCCUAGCAGGGUGCUGCGUCGCGUCCUUUAUGCUUCCUAGGCCACCGGUUUGGCUUCUGUAAAAUAACAUUCAGGCCUCUGUCCCCGGCGGCGCGUGGAAGCGCUCUGGGAAGGAAGCGGAGCGCAGGGCAGCCGUCGGCGGCCGGGCCAGCGCCCGGACAACCCCGCCCUCCCGACCCCUGGGCUCUCACUGCGCUGCUCCGGGGGGCGCGAGGCGCCCCGGGGGGGACCCUGGAGGAAGGCGUGCGGGCCGCGCCUCCGAGCCAGCAGCUCAGGCCAGGAAGUUUCGUGGCGGGUCGUCUAGAGAGCCCGGGGCUGAGCCGACCAGCAGGGGCGCCGGCCGGGAGCCCCCCGGCGCGGUCGUGGCACGAAGCCAGGCCGCAGAGCACCCUGCGCUGGGUCUGCGAGCCCUCAGGUCCCGGGGUACUCCGAGGGCUAGACACAGAGAGGAAGGACACCAGCAAGAUAAUGACUGUGAGGGCGCCGGGCAAACCGAGGCGUCCCCGAGGGAUGAAGUCGCCUCGAGACGUGCGAUCUCCCAGUAGGGACCCUCCAGGGAGCGGGAACGUUUCCUAUGGGUGGAACCAACCAGAUCAGUUCUCCACUGUUCACCAGCAGUGAAACUGUAGUGCAGAGACGAAGUGACUUCCGUCCCCAGGGCGUGCCAGGGGCGAGCGGAGCUGGGACGGGGCGGGGCGGCGCGGGCGCUGGAGAGCGCGCGCGGUUCCCCCCGGACGUCACCGCACUUUCCUUCUCUGUAAAAUGGGAGUAACAGUUACUGCCCCGGCAGGAAGUUCCGUGUCUGCGGCUGCACAGAGGAACCUAGCAAAUCAGUCCUUUUCACCUUUCCUUUUCGAAUUCGCGAAAGUGGAGAAAAGCGCCAUAGGCAGAUGGGCCCUUCCCGAAAGGGCGCCCCAACUGGGCCGGCAUCGCUGAGGAUUGGAGUGUAGGCGGAUCCGACCCAGAAAACUCUGUCGCAAAAAACCCUCCUGGGCUCCGCGUCCCUCCAGAAGUGGUUUGUUCCCCCACAAAUGUUAAUAACCAAACGAUUUGUAUGGAUGUAAUUAUCAAUAAUUAUACGAAUUAUUGCUGA